AUGGUGACAGUUAGAACACUGAUUGCAUUGGCAGCAUCAAGAGGUUGGAACUUGUAUCAAAUAGAUGUCUAUAAUAUAUUUUUGCAAGGAGAUCUAUAUGAAGAGGUGUACAUGGAGCUUCCUCAGGGAUUCAGAAAGGGAGAUAGCUUUGUGACAGUCUUGAUAUAUGUGGAUGAUUUGUUAAUAACAGGGAAUGAUGAAAGUCUCAUAAAGGAGACAAAAAAUGUACUACAUCAUAAGUUCAAAGUGAAAGACCUUAGAGAAUUGAGGUACUUUCUUGGAAUAGAGAUCAUGAGAUCAAGAAAGAGAAUCGUGUUAAAUCAAAGAAAGUAUGCAUUGCAAUUAGUGUCAGAUAUGGGAUUAGGAGGAACUAAGCCAGCAGCAACACCUGUUGAUUUGAAUCAGAGAUUCACUUCACAAGAGUAUGAUCAACAUACGGGUGCAAGAGGAGAUGAGUCACUACCUGAUGCAUCGGCCUAUCAAAGGAUCAUUGGGAGAUUGCUUUACCUAACAAUUACCAGACCAGAUAUUAGCUAUGUCGUACAGACUCUAAGUCAAUUUAUUCAAGCACCCAAGAGAUCUCACUGGGAUGUAGCAGUUAGAGUGGUAAAGUGCAUCAAGAAAGAUCCAGGAAUAGGAAUACUUAUGAGCAGUCUACAGUCAGAUACUUUAACCUGCUACUGUGAUGCUGAUUGGGAAGCAUGCCCUAACACAAGAAGAUUAGUGACUGGGUUCUUAGUAAAAUUUGGGGAGUUCCUAAUAUCCUGGAAAUCGAAGAAACAACAGACAAUUUCAAGAAGCUCUGCAGAAGCAAAAUACAGGAGUUUAGCAACAGCUACAACAUAA